GUCUACGUUCAAGCUCAUUCUAUAUCAAUUGGCAAAUUUGCUUCUGUGCUCGAGUAUGUCAAAGGUGGCAGUGCUUCGAUGUGACGAUUGGAGCUACACAAGUGUCUUUGAUGCCUGCUGGCCCUCAACAAUUGUUAGCUCUUAGGUGAGGUGUGAAUAACCUAUAGACAGUUCAGUAGGAUGUAAAUUGGACCGGAGAUAUGAAAGAGCGCGAGGGACUGGACCGGACGGAUCCGUACGUAUGAGUCUGCUCAGCAGACGGCGUUUGUUCGUGCUCUUUUCACAAGAACACAUUGCCACAACUGACUACCUUCUACCACGCAGGUGUAACUGCCAAUAUUGCGGUUUGUAUCUAGAUUUCAGUCUUCCAUCCAAAGAACCAGAUAGCCAGAUCAAAGCCAAAGGCUACGUUGCUUACCGCACAGUAAAGUAGUGUUGCCGGCAAGGAUGACGGACGGGGCAAGCACUUCAGGGCCACAAGGGGAUGAACUUACAUUGGUUGGCUCUGGUCAUGUGCGAAUUGCAGUUAACAGGAUCCGAUGCCGUCAAGAUUAUCCUGCUGGGGGACUCCGCUGUUGGAAAGUCAAAGCUAGUGGAGCGCUUCUUGCUGGACAACUAUAAACCACAUCAGCUGUCGACCUACGCCCUAACACUAUACAGAUACAACUUUAAGACACAGGAUGGCAAGGGAGUGCCUGUUGACAUCUGGGACACAGCGGGGCAGGAGCGCUUCAACAGCAUGCACUCCUCCUACUACUACCGCGCGCACGCCUGCAUCAUGGUGUUCGACGUCACACGCAAGCUGACGUACAAGAACCUAGAGAAGUGGUACGACGAGCUGCAGGAGCACUGCAAGGGCAUCCCAACCGUCGUGGUCGCCAACAAAAUCGACAUCGACUACAAGGUCACCUCCAAGAGCUUCAACUUCGCCGCCAAACGCAAGCUGCCCUUCUUCUUCGUGUCUGCCAGCGACGGCACAAACGUGGUGAAGAUCUUCAACAUGGCCAUCAUGGCGGGCAUGCGCUGGAAGGCGGCGCCCAAGGACGACUUCUACCAGGAGGUGCUGGACCUGCUGGGCGAGAUCUCCAUGGACACGCGCAAGCAGCUGGAGGACGCGGUGAAGGCGUUAGAAGAUGGAAAGGACAAGGAGGGCGGUGAAGGGCAAUAGCGAGGGAGACAGGGUGAGCGGGUAGAGUGGGAAGGGUGGGGUUGCGAUGGCAAAGGUAUAGAGGGAUGGGCGAUGGGCGAAAUCUGGGUGAGGUCAGGACGCGAUAGGGGUCGGGGUAGAUUACCUUCGGGGAUUGGGGGUGUAGAGGGAGAAGCUAACCUUGAGGGCGUGUAUGUAGUGCGUGCGCAUGCAUGCGUGCAUGCAGGGGCGGAUUGGAGGCAAAGGAUUUCUUGGACGUGCGUACGGCAGGCAGCGGGCUUACCUUCAGCAGCAUAGGAUCCAAGUAGCUUGAUAGGUAAUUGCGGAGGGUCGCAUGGGCAUAGGUCCGUAGGUUGUAUCUGGCGCAGGACGAUUGAGAUGCAUUGCAUGGAGGAUUGAAAUGUGGAUAAUAGAGCAUCCCUUGCUUUACACAGCGAGCGAUGCUGAGAAUGCUUGAAAGCGUUACACACAGGCUGGCUGGCCGCACAUAGCAGCGUGUACAUGUGCGUCGGCUUCAGUUAACCGCAAGUGGGAGGCAUUUGCACCUUGCUUGAGCGCGCUUCAAGAAUUUAAAGUAGACAAUCUGCAUGGGAUUCACCUGGAGUAACAUAUGGUUACCCACGGAUGUAAUUUGCUACGUGUGA